AUGAGAGUCCUCCGUUUAAUAUAUGAGAGUUUGUCACGCAUCUCUCUUGUUAUUGGUUGUUGUUGCCAUGACCUCACUGAUGUUGAGUACUGCUGCUUCGUCGGCUGCCUUGUUUGGGCCACCGACGACCAGUCCCCUGAGCGAGCCUUUAAUGCGCAUGGCGAGAUUGUUGAUUUGAAGAUCAUCAACGAUCGUGAGAUCGAGAGGUCUCGUGGCCUCAGAUUCAUCACCUUCGUCAAUGAGAAGUCUAUAAGGGAUGCGAUCAAGGGGAUGAACAACCAGAAUCUCGACGGCAAGAGCAUCAUCAUCAACGAGGCCCAAUCCCCUAGCGGCAGUGGAAACAGAUGCGGAUGUUGCCACGAGGGUGGUGGUAGCGGCUACAACCUCAGUGGUGGCAGGUACGGUGGUAAUGGAGGCGGCCGUGACUGCGGGUACAACGACGAAUUGUCUUUGCAUGAAUUUUUAUAUCGAGUUUCAGUUACUUGA